AGCCACAUGGCUGUGCGAGUCUGCUUGACUUUGGUUUUCUUUCGUCGUGUUUCCGCUUGAUUCACCACCAUUUCCGCCCUGGCCCGCGGGAGUGUAAACAUGGCCGACUGCUACAUCAACUAGUAUUGUAAUGUGUUGUGCUCGUUUACACUCAUCGAUGCACACAGUUUUCACAUUUGUGAUUUGAAUUCAAAUUCAUAUAUCACCUCUUAGGAAGAGGUACGAUCACGCCGUUUUCUCGUGGGCUGAAGGUGAAGAAGUAUCGUCACCAUGGGGCGACGUUCGACCUCCUCCACCAAGAGUGGAAAGUUCAUGAACCCCACGGACCAAGCCAGGAAGGAGGCCAGGAAGAGGGAGCUGAAAAAGAACAAGAAGCAGAGGAUGAUGGUAAGGGCUGCCGUUCUGAAGAUGAAGGACCCCAGACAGAUCAUCAAGGACAUGGAGAAGCUGGAUGAAAUGGAGUUCAACCCGGUGCAGCAGCAGCCCCUGCUGAACGAGAAGGUCCUGAGGGACAAGAGGAAGAAGCUGCGGGAGACCUUCGAACGCAUCGUCCGCCUGUACGAGCGGGAGAACCCCGAGACCUACAAGGAGCUCCGCAAGCUGGAGCUGGACUAUGAGACCAAACGCGGCCAGCUGUCGCUCUACUUCGACUCUGUCAAGAACGCAGAGCUGGUGGAGGUGGACAGUAUCCCACUGCCGGAGAUGCCCCACGCCCCCUCCAGCAUCCUGAUCCAGGACAUCCCUCUGCCUGGCGCUCAGCCGCCCUCCAUCCUGAAGAAGGGUACCCCUUUCAGUAAGGGCCCCUUCUCGUCGUCCUCGGCCCCCAUGUCCGCGGCAGUGGCUGGGGUGCCCCGUCUGCCUCCCGGGAGGAAGCCCCCGGGCCCCCCUCCCGGCCCCCCACCCCCGCAGGUCCUGGCCCUGUACGGCUCCCGCAGGCCCCAGCACUACGCCACGGACACGGACAUGCCCGGCCCGGACGGCGGUACCGCCAUGGACUCCCUGAUGGGCGGCGGGGAGAGGGACAGCGGGAGCGAGAGCGACGGAGACGACGGGGAGGACGACGACAGCGAGUCGGACGACGACAGCGACGGCGAGCGGGACGAGGGGACCGACGGCGACAGGAGGAUGAUGGUGGACCGGAAGGAUGAGGACAGGGGGAGAGAGGACGACAGGGGCGAUCGGCAUGCGGGUCGCAGCGUGCGGUUUGCGGACAUGCCGCCUGCGGCGCCCAGCAGAGAGAGGAAGAAGAAGAGGGUGGUGAAGAAGACCAAGGCCAUCACCCCACUGCAGGCCAUGAUGUUACGGAUGGCAGGGCAGUCCAUCCCUGAAGAAGAGGGCGAGGAAGAGGAGGUGGAGGAAGAGUACACCGACGAAUCGGACAACUCCGACAUCGAGGACCGGGGGCCGCCGGGAGACAACCAAUCUCAUCUUAUGCCCAAUCAGCGCAUGCCACCACCCUCUGGACCAAUGGGAGCGCAGCAAGGGCCCCCACACAUGCAGGGUCCUCCACUCACAGGCCCUCCGCCCCUGGGGCCUCCCCCGGCUCCUCCAAUGAGGCCCCCGGGCCCACCCUCUGGUCCCCCUCCAGGCCCUCCCCCAGGUGCCCCCCCUUUCCUGAGGCCCCCCGGUAUGCCUGGAGGUCUGAGAGGGCCCAUGCCACGCCUCCUGCCUCCCGGACCCCCACCAGGCCGGCCCCCCGGCCCUCCCCCAGGCCCCCCUCCUGGUCUCCCUCCGGGCCCCCCACCCAGGGGCCCCCCACCCAGACUACCACCUCCAGCACCUCCAGGUAUGCCCCCUCCUCCUCCACGGUCCGGCCCCCUCCGGCCCAUGGCCCCGCCCCUCUCCCUCUUCCCCCCGCCGCUUAACGCCAACGUCCUCAGUGCCCCUCCAAGCAUAGUCCAGCGACAGAAAGGCUCUGCCUCCAACCCAGAGGGCUCCCAGACCUCCAUGCUGCCCCCGCCACCCAUGUCCAUGCGCCCCGGGGGGGUCAUGCAGAUGCCCCCUCCCCCAGGAACCACAGGGCCUCCUGGGGGGGGCAACCCUGGUGGGCCAAACCCACCGGGACACCACCACCAGCCCACCAUCGAGAAGCGGGCCAACAUCACCUCGGUCUCGGCCGGAGGUGUGGGCCUGGCUCCGGGUACGGGGCCCGGCAGCGCCACCAUCUCCGCCAAGCCGCAGAUCAUAAACCCCAAGACGGAGGUCACCCGCUUCGUGCCCACGGCGCUGCGCGUGCGUAGGGAUAAGGGUGGCAUGGCGCACGGGGCGGCCCAGGGGCCGAUGGAGAAGGGAGGGAGGAGGGGAGAGGAUAGCCAUGCUGGCGGAGGAGGGCAGGGCCAGAAACAGCAAGCCAUGGCUGCUCCUCUGGGCCUGGUGCAUCAUGGCCAGAUGGGGGCUGUGGUUCAGUCCAAUAUGAAGACCAAGGACCAGGUGUACGAGGCCUUCAUGAGGGAGAUGGAGGGCCUGCUCUGACACUGAGGAGGAAAAGGGGGUGAGAGGAGGUGGGGGUGAAACUUCCAGUGUCUCGUCAGUAAUACAUCUGAUUGCUAGUGAUUUUAAUCGGGCAGGUACUGAAUGAUACUCUGAAGCUGAAAGAAAAGCAGGAGGAGUCCAGAACAGUUUUGUUUAAUUAUUUGCAGCAGAUGUGAAAUUGUCAACCAAAUGUACAUGAUUUGGCCCUAUCUUUGUGAAAAAGCAUGUUUUUUUAUAUGACUGUCUAUAGGUUUAUUUUAUUGUGACCUGAGGAACCAUGGUAAUUGAAGUGGAAACUUUGGUCCGGUGUUUGUAGUACAACUAAAUAAAUACUUAAACUCCAUGAUAACACUCCUCCUGUCUUAUUUGUUUUGGUGUUGGCAUGAGUAUCAGUGA